AUGUUUCCUUCCGAAGAAAUCAUCAGCAGUACCUUUUCCUCCCAGCAUCCCCUGAGUCGAACCGGACAGCAGUCGCAACUUUCGGGGGCUCCGGGUAUGGGAAGGCAAGAUCCUUUUCCAGCAUGGAGUGUGGUCGAAGAUACCAAAAAGAAGGCUGAUGCUUUCGCACGGGAGGCAUCACGGGAGCUUAACAUUGCAAGCCAAAAGGCCCAGGCCACGACUGGCAAAAUUGAACCGUUUACUGUCAAGUAUUAUGCCGCUUGUACAGUCGGUGGACUUCUUGCUUGCGGUCUCACCCACACGGCCGUGACGCCACUGGAUCUUAUCAAAUGCCGACGCCAAGUUGACCCCCAGCUUUACAAGGGCAACCUUGAGGGUUUUCGUACGAUUCGCGCCGCGGAGGGCUUUAGAGGGGUGUUUACUGGCUGGGGACCAACUUUCUUUGGAUAUAGUGCCCAAGGAGCAUUCAAGUACGGAGGCUAUGAAUUCUUCAAGAAAUUCUACAGUGAUCUUGUUGGUGUGGAGAACGCGAAUCGCUGGAAGACGUCCCUCUACCUCACAGCUAGUGCAUCGGCAGAGCUUAUUGCUGAUGUCGCGCUCUGUCCAUUUGAGGCUGUCAAGGUUCGUAUGCAGACAACGAUCCCACCUGAUAUCCGAUCGACCUUUACUGGAAUUUCCAACGUCGUGUCGAAGGAAGGGGUGGCUGGUCUUUACAAGGGUCUCUAUCCGCUCUGGGGUCGACAGAUCCCGUACACCAUGAUGAAGUUUGCUUCGUUCGAGACAAUUGUGGAGAUGAUCUAUAAAAACCUACCUGGCCAGAAAUCCGAUUACAACAAAGGUGCACAAACCUUGGUGGCCUUUACUGGUGGCUACUUGGCUGGUAUUCUUUGCGCUGUCGUGUCCCAUCCCGCCGAUGUAAUGGUGAGUAAACUGAAUGCAAAUCGGCAGGCUGGUGAGGCAUUUGGCGCCGCGAUGAGCAGGAUCUACAAGGAUAUCGGUUUCGCUGGUCUAUGGAAUGGACUUCCUGUCAGGAUUGUCAUGAUCGGAACCUUGACUGGUUUGCAAUGGAUGAUAUACGAUUCAUUCAAGAUCUUCAUGGGCCUUCCCACAACCGGUGGAGGACCUGCCGCUGAACAGAAGAAGUAGAAGCGAUUAGGUGGAACCUACCCUGUUCCUGGUCCCUGAGUAUCUUACUGCUGUAGGAGCGUAGCAUCGAUGGUUUAAAAUCCCACAGAAUGGUAAUGCGGAGGGAAAUCGGUGUAUAGUGUUCAUCAGUGGAUUUCUACUGAGUAGUAAUCCCCCUAUAUCUUUUUCCAACUAUCUUCCAAUACUAGUCCUUUUUCCCUAGUCAAGAUGGCGCCUUUUCCGCAGGAUGGGUUAUCAAGUAUCGUUAGUCACGCACCGGACCAAUGACUUGC